CUCUUUAUAAAUUAUCCUCUGUAUUUUCUUAACUCAACACCGCCUACUCUGUUUUCAUCCAAAUGACUCUGUUUUCGCCAUUACCCUUCUUUUCUAACCACACAACCACCAUUACCAAUGCUUCCCUUCUAAGAAAACCAACAUUUUCUAUUACCCUUUUCUUCCAUUUUCACAAUAAAUCCAUUGAAUCAUCCACCAACAUCAUCUUCUUCUUCUUCUUAUCUCCCUGUUUUUCUCUGUUUUUUCCUCUGUUUUUCCCUGUUUCUUCCUCUGUUUCUCACAAUAAUACAUAGAUGAGUGAUGCAUAUGUUGCUGCAUUUGAGGAAUUUCUGCAAGGAUGGUUGAAUCGUCAAAGAAACUACCUUGAUGAGCUUCUUUCAGCUCAACAGCUUCAACAACAGAUGGAUGGUACCGAAAGGAUGAAUCUGUUAAACAGAGUGAUCUGUCACUAUGGACAAUACUAUGAGGAGAAAUCAAAGAUAGCCCAUCAGAACAUUCUUCUUGUUUUCUCACCACCAUGGUUAAGUUCAUUGGAAAAAUCAUAUCUUUGGAUUGCAGGGUUCAAACCAGGGCUUACAUUUCAUCUUGUGAACAAAACUCUUGAGGGUGAUCUGUCAGAGGAGCAGAAGGAGAGGUUGGAUGAGCUCAAGCAAGAGACAAAGAUGAAGGAGAGGGAACUCAAUGAUGAGAUGGCUAAGGUUCAUGAGAGUACCGCGGCGCCGCCGCUUCUUGAUUUGAUUAGAAGCCAUGGAAGGGUGUGUUUGAGUAGGUCAUUCAUGGCAGAGGGAAGUAAUGUUCCUAACACAUUUAAAGAAAAAUUGGAGAAUUUGGUGACAAAUGCUGAUGCUUUGAGGACUGAGACAGCUCUGAGAGUUGUGCAGAUACUGAGACCUGCUCAAGUUCUUAAAUUUUUUGUUGCUGUGGCUGAGCUUCAGCUUAGGGUCAGGUCUUUGGGUUUGGAUAAGGAUGCUGAGAGUGGAAAUCAAGGAUGAACUGAACUGAAUCAUUAGAAUUUUUUUAAGGUUUUUUUCUGUAAAGUGUUUUUCUGUUGUGUAAUACAUAAGCCUUAGCAGUGAUGAUUUACAUUGUGUGUGUAUUCAGGUUGUUUAGACCUUAUGAUGUUUCCUUGGUGAGCAUUGAAAAAUGGAGAACAAGAUCAAGCCAUGCAAUGCAUGCUUUAUCUGGAAGUUUCAAUAUCACUCCACUCAA